AUGAAGUCUGCUAUCAUUCUGGCCUUGGCCGCUUUGGCCGUUGCUGCACCAGGCGGUGGUGGUGAUGGUGGUUUCGGCGGUGGCCGAGGCGGAGGCAAUGGCGGAUUCGGUGGUCCAGGUGGAGGUAACGGCGGCGGCAAUGGCGGAGGCCGUGGUGGCUUCGGUGGUGGUCAAGGAGGUCCCGGAGGUCAAGGUGGUCCUCCAGGAAAUGGUGGCAGCGGUGGUGGUAACUGGAAUGACUGGUCAGGUGGCUCAGUCGGCGGUGGCAGUGGUGAGCAUACCUGGAGCGAUUGGCAAUCAUCAUCAUCACCAUCACCAUCCCCUAUCCCCAUACCCGUCACAACAACAGCAAUUCCUCCUCCACCCCCUCCCCCAGUUCCGACAACAACCAUCUGCACAACGACAUCCAUCCCUCCACCACCCCCACCCCCUCCUCAGCCUAUUCCAGAGACGACACAUUCAUGGGUCGAUUGGCCAUCCAGCUCAUCAUCAAUUCCACCACCUCCUCCACCUCCUGCCCCAGCUCCGAUCGAGCCUUCAACUACUAACAUUCCUCCUCCACCAGCUCCCGAGACUUCUCAUUGGGCAGAUUGGUCCUCUGUUGAACCCGCGCCAGUUCCAACUUCGGUUGCUCCGGCUCCCGUCCCUGUUGUUUCUACUUCAGUGUGGCAAGAUUGGUCCUCGACAUCUGUGGAACCAGUUCCAGCUCCAGUUGAGACCUCUUCUCACCACUGGGAGGACUGGAGCAGCGCACCACCCGUGCCAGUAACGACUGCUCCUCCUCCACCUCCACCAGCACCAGUUACAAGUGCUCCCCCUCCACCUCCACCAGCGCCAGUGACUACUGCACCCGCUCCAGUCCCAACCACUUUCAAGCCAUCGAGCUCUGUUCCAGUUGCUCCCGUUGUCAGCACUUUCACUGGAGGAGCUUCUCUACCCACUGGUGCCGUCAAAAUGGCCGGAGCUGCUGCCGCCCUCAUGGUUGCUGCUAUCCUAUAA